CUCUGUGUUUGCUUUUGCCUUCCCGAGAGAGAGAGAGAGAAAGAUAAGAUUUGGCUUUGCAUAUUCUUCAUCUUCUCUCUCGCCGCCCUCAAUAUGCUCCGAUUUGGAUUCACCUCUUCCUCUUGAUUUCUUCUUCUUCUUCUUCUCUUUUGCUGCGGAGAGAAAAGGAAACAAGAAAGAGACGCGGCGAGGUGAUUAGAGGAAGCUAUAUCCACAACUCUCUCUAGUUGUAAUACAUCAAUUCCCUUUUUCUAAUGGACGCAGCGUCGCCGGAAAACGCCGCGGGAACCGAUGGUGUGGUUAUGGGAGAUAAUGGGUUUAAUGCGGAUCCUUUUUUGGUUGAGGCUUUGCAGAACCCUCGCCAUCGUCUCACGAUUUUGCGGAUGGAACUUGAUGUUCAAAGGUUCUUGCAGAACCCUGAACAGCAGCAGUUUGAGUUCCAGCAUUUUCCUACCUCGUAUCUUCGUCUUGCAGCCCAUCGUGUUGCUAACCACUAUGGACUAGCUACAGCGGUUCUCGACAGUGGUGCAGAUGGAAACGAAAACAGAAUCCUUGUGACCAAAACAGCAGAGAGCAGAUUUCCUGCGGUUCGUUUGUCUGAAAUCCCUGUGGCUAAACCAUCAGAAAAUGGUAAAUUUGAGCGCAUGAAAGUUUCAAUCAAGACUCGGCCUUCUAAAGGAUCUGAAUUUGGCGCUGGUGAACUAGAAAAGAGAUGUGGUCCUCUUAGAAGUGUGGAGGAGAGGAAAGAAGAGUAUGAAAGGGCUAGAGAACGGAUAUUUAGUGGUCUUCCAGGUCUUACUUGUGAUGACUCUUCAUCUGAAACUCAGGUGUAUGGGAGGAAUAUGAGUCUUAACAGAGAUGACAAGCAAGAAUCUAAGAAUGCUUAUGUUGAGGCUGAGAGGAACUUAAGCCUCAGGGAGAGUGGUCCAACAUCUCGUGUUGCAGUAUUUAGAGACAUAGUGAAGGAUCGGUUUGACCCUGAUUAUGACCGCAGACACGAAAGGUACAUUAGGAGCCUUCCGAUGAAUCAGAAUUUCAAUCUACCACCCUUCAACUUUCAGCAAAUGCCGACACCAUACUACGAAAUGGGAUUCACUGGAUAUAACCAAAUUCCAAGUACUCCUGCUUCCCUUGGUUUCGGGCCACCUCCAAGCUCUAUGACGAGUCCCUAUGGCACCACAUUUUUAAACCAGGCUUCCAGGGAUGCUAUGUAUAUGCAGUGGCCUAAUGCAGCUAUGUUGUAUGCUCAUCCGUAUGAGCAGUUCAUGAAUGCUUCUCUUCAGGCACAGUUCUGCAGUCAACAACCAAUGAGCUUCGACGAUAGGCAGAACCUCUAGGGGCUUGUCUCUCUGUCAAUCUUUAUCUUUACCAGUAUUAUUUUUCUAGAACCUAGAAACUGUUGUAACGGAAAUUUUGGAGUUGUAAUGUCAGAGUUCAGAUUAAAGAUACCUUUUUGUUCCUUUUUACGAUGAUCAGAUUCUGUCUGUUAUGGAAACCAAUGAACUACU